AUGACGUUCAUCGCGAAGACUUUCUACGACCUGAGGGCCACCACGCUGGAGGGAGACUCGGUGGACUUCAACGUCUUCAGAGGACGGGUGGUCCUCAUAGAGAAUGUGGCCUCGCUCUGAGGAACCACAACCCGGGACUUCAGCGAGCUCAACCAGCUGCAGAGCAAGUACCCCCAUCGGCUGGUGGUCCUGGGUUUUCCUUGCAAUCAGUUUGGCUAUCAGGAGAACUGCACCAAUGGUGAAAUCCUGAAUUCACUGCAGCACGUGCGUCCAGGCGGAGGCUUCAAGCCAAACUUUACCAUCUUCGAGAAGUGUGACGUCAAUGGAACAAACACCCACCCAGUUUUCGCCUAUCUGAAAGACAAACUCCCCUAUCCCGAUGACGACCCAAAUUCUCUCAUUCAGGACCCCAAAUUUCUGGUUUGGAGCCCCAUUAGCAGGACGGAUAUCUCCUGGAACUUUGAGAAAUUCCUCAUCGGGCCAGAGGGAGAACCCUUUAAGCGAUACAGCAAAAAAUUCCCCACCAUUGACAUAGAGCCUGACAUUCAAAGACUGCUAAGAUUAACUAAGACCUAAGAAUAGCCUCCAUCUCUUAAUGACUUCUCAUCCAUAACUCUCAAAGCUGUCAUGCUGUCCUCCACACCGUUGAGCCUUAUUAAAUGAGGGUGAUGUUCUAAAAAAGAAUAAGGGAAUAUCAUCGGAGGCCUUAUAAGUGCUUAACAGUUGU